CUUGACAAAGCGGGAUGACGUACGGCUGAGCGGUGGUCUCGUGUGCUUAGUUUUGGUCAAAUAUCUGUGAAUUAAUUAUUGUUUCUCGUUCUACCGGUGCCGCAGCCCUCGCGCGUCGCCAUGGCGGACGAGGAAAAUAAUUGUGAUGAUGGUGGUGAGUUGAAAGCGGGACAGGCGUUUCGCCUCCGAGGCCGUAAGGGUGCGCUGAAGAAGAAGAAUGUUUACCUCGUGAAGGAUCACAAGUUUAUGCCAAGAUUCUUCAAGCAGCCAACGUUCUGCUCCCACUGCAAGGAUUUCAUAUGGGGUUUCGGAAAACAAGGAUUCCAGUGUCAAGUAUGCAGUUUCGUGGUCCACAAGCGAUGCCACGAGUACGUCACCUUCACGUGCCCCGGCGCAGACAAGGGAGCCGAUUCCGACGACACUCGUACGCGGCACAACUUUCGCAAUCACACAUACGCUUCGCCGGCGUUCUGCGAUCACUGCGGCUCGCUUCUCUACGGCCUGAUCCAUCAAGGCCUCAAGUGUCAAGCAUGCGACAUGAACGUGCACAAGCGAUGCGAGGAGUCCGUCCCGAAUCUGUGCGGCUGCGACCACACCGAGAGGCGCGGGCGCAUUCAGCUCACCAUCACCUGCCACCACAACAAGCUUAUUGUCGAAGUGAAGCAAGGACGCAACCUCAUUCCCAUGGAUCCCAACGGACUUUCGGACCCAUACGUCAAGAUGAAGCUGAUUCCGGACUCGGACAAUGUCAAGAAAAAAACCAAGACCAUCCGCAGCACGCUCAAUCCUGUGUGGAACGAGACUCUCUCCUUCGAUCUCAAGCCCGAAGACAAAGACAGACGGCUCCUGAUUGAGAUAUGGGAUUGGGACCGCACAUCCCGCAACGAUUUCAUGGGUUCCCUUUCUUUCGGAAUCUCCGAGCUUAUGAAGGCCCCAGCUGACGGGUGGUUCAAGUUGCUCACUCAAGAAGAAGGCGAGUUCUAUAACGUGCCAGUGCCCGAAGAAGGGGCUGAUUUGGCCCAGUUGAAGAACCAGAUGAGGGCCACAAGUGUGGGUGCUCGCAGGGCCCCACCACCGCCAGAUCGAGAGGUCCCACACAACAUGGCAGCUGCUGAUGUCAUUCGUGCAAGCGAUUUUAACUUCAUUAUGGUACUCGGCAAGGGUUCUUUUGGAAAGGUUAUGCUAGCAGAGCGCAGAGGUACUGACGAGCUGUAUGCUAUCAAGAUCUUGAAGAAGGACAUCAUCAUCCAAGACGACGACGUAGAGUGUACCAUGGUUGAGAAACGUGUUCUGGCUCUGAGCAGCAAGCCACCUUUCUUGGUGCAACUGCAUUCUUGCUUCCAGACUAUGGAUCGACUCUACUUUGUGAUGGAGUACGUCAACGGCGGAGAUCUGAUGUUCCAGAUUCAGCAGUGCGGAAAAUUCAAAGAGCCUGUUGCUGUCUUUUAUGCAGCAGAAAUAGCGAUCGGUCUAUUCUUUCUACACUCUCGCGGAAUCAUUUAUCGAGACCUUAAACUGGACAACGUUCUUCUCGACCAAGAUGGCCAUAUCAAAAUCGCUGACUUCGGCAUGUGCAAGGAAGGAAUUACCGGUGACAAAACCACCAAAACCUUCUGUGGUACCCCAGAUUACAUUGCCCCGGAGAUCAUUUUAUACCAGCCCUAUGGAAAAUCUGUGGACUGGUGGGCGUAUGGAGUUUUGCUAUAUGAGAUGUUGGUUGGGCAACCACCGUUCGACGGUGAAGAUGAAGAAGAAUUGUUUGCUGCUAUCACUGAUAAUAGUGUCUCGUAUCCGAAAACGUUGAGUAAGGAGGCAAAGGACGCGUGCAAGACGUUCCUGACCAAAAACCCCGUGAAGAGGCUGGGGUGUGGCCCGCGGGGGGAAGAGGACGUUCGCACGCAUCCGUUCUUCCGCCGCAUCGACUGGGCCCGCGUUGAAGCUAGAGAGAUCCAGCCACCCUUCAAGCCUAAGAUCAAACACCGCAAAGACGUGUCCAACUUUGACAAGCAGUUCACUCAAGAGAAGACAGAGCUGACGCCAACUGACAAGCUAUUCAUGAUGAACCUGGACCAGACAGAGUUCAUGGGAUUCUCCUUCCUCAACCCCGAGUUCGUGCAGCACGUGUGAAUCACAGGGUUGAAACUCAUCGCAUCGUUGAAAUUGAAUCAUUCGUGACGCGUUCGAUUUCGAAUCGCUGCUGUAUCCUGCAUAUAUCUCUCUCACUCAUAUGACGAACGUCGUUUGCUGUCUCACUUUUGACUGUACAUUGUGUUAAGUUUGAACUUUGUGUCUUUACAUAACAAGUCUGGGCCAGAAACUUUUGAAUGUAACGUAAUAAGGCUGUAAAUGACUUGUUGUGUCGGUUUCAUGGAGAAAUCUAAAAUUAUUAACCUUUUUUGUGAACGAGAAACACCAUUUUGUAGGUGUAAGUAAGGGAAGACUAGAAAUUUUAAUCAUUUGCUCAUUUCCCUUGUAUCUUUUUUAAGACAAUCAUUUGCGUAAGUAUAUCUCCAUCCAAUGCGACAUGACGCUAGGUAAAAUGAUAUUUUUAAUUUAUUUCUAUCGUAUUAUUAGCAACUUAUGGUUAUUUAAUUAAUAAUUUCCGCAAUAAUUUAUUUAUCCGUGCAAUAAUAAUGAGAUACCUCAACGAAUUUCUAAAAGCAAUACUGAUUUGUAUGUAUUAAUUGUUUCGUAUGUAUCUAAUAAUGAAUUUAAAUUUUGCGGGCUCUCUAAACAUUAUUAACGUCAUUGUAGAUAUUUCACGGUGUUACUAAUAUGUAAAGUAAGUCAACAUACUCACUUUGUUUUGUAGAAUCUCGGGAAAAACUCUGGUAUAUCGUGAACUUGGGGCCACUUGGUAAUUUAGUAAAUAUUCGUUUCGUCUGUUUCAUGUAUUUGUAAUGUAUGAUGCCAAAAGCGAGUAAUUGCCUAGUUUGUUUUCAUUUUGUAGUGCUCUAACGAAAUUGAUGUAACUUGAAUAUUAGGUAUGGCAAAUUUGAUAUGUCGGUUUUUCUAUUGGCCAAAACAAUCUUUAAAAAUACAAACCAAUCGAUAUAUUACAAAUCUAAUCUAAUUGUGUACGUCUGUUGGUGUAACUUGUAAAUAAACCAGGCAAAUGUCUUGCAUAAAAUCUCACAUCAGCCACAUAUCAAUGUCGUAAUUGUAAAUACUUGUCGUGUCGUGUGGAUGGCAUCGCUAACUUUAGCCAUUAGGAUUGUUUUUAGGCCUUUUGGACACACGAUGUGGAUCAAUCGCAUUUUUACUUACUGACCUUUAUUGUUUAUUUACUAAUAUAUUCAGUAUUAUAUUAUGGUGUAUUUGAGCUUAUAAAGCUAGUUUUUUUUUUUCUUUUUAAUGGAGUAUCUAUCAGUUUCCUCACAUUAAAUUGAAGUUAAAAAAACAAUGAAUUUAUUUAUAAUCCGUUGUAUUUGUUAUUUUAAUUAUUAAUUUUGAAAUCUCCAAAAAAUGC